UUUAUUAAGAGGGUAGUUAGUGUCUCAGACAGCGGGUGGUCUGUAGGUGGUGUCUAUAAAAAAUUGUUGACGAACACGGUCGAGGAGACCGGGUGCGAAUAUUCGUGUUAUUAUUUUUUGUAGGUGUUGAUAAGUUAUAUCAGAUAUGGAGUUACGAAAAAGAACAAGCAAGAUUCUUGAAACUUAUGAAGAUAGUCCUAACUGACGACGCAUAUUAUGGCAAUGAUGACGAUGACGAACAAGAUGAGGUUGACAACGUUGAGGAAAGAUCAUAUAGUGACAGCGAGCAGGAAUUUGAUGAGGCACUAGAAAAUUAUGAUCUUAACCUACUCCAGCGUGAGCCGUGA